UGGUURAGACAGAACUGGGAACAACAUUAUMAAUGCUAUAUUGAACGCCACUCUCUUGAUAUUGAUGACAGCUGCUCAGUGCAUAUGUACCUAAGUGAGGUAGAAAGCUGGUGCCCUCUUCUGGACUUCCGCAAAAAGUUGCGUGAGGAAUCCCUGGACGGUAAACCUAAACGAAAGGCAAUUUUAAAAAGGCAGUUCUAUGAUUUAAUGGCAAUGAUGAAACCUGAUUACUGGAGAUGGAUGAGGCAGAGAAUUCAUCGAUUAUGGCCAAGCUGGAUCAAGGGAUUGGAUACAUUAAUGGGACUAAACCAUCCAGUGGAAAACCACUUCCCCAAACRGAUAUUUCUAUACAUGGGAUCAUUUGCAAACAGUCCUCAGUGGUUCAAGCAGGCUUUUAUUGGGGCACCAUUAGGUGAAUUAGUGCAAUGGUCUGAUCUCAUCGCAGCGUUAUUCAUACUUGGUCAUAAUAUAGUGAUCUGCACCAGGAAGGAAGAAGUUAAAAA